AAACAUAGAUUCAAAUGCCUCAACCUAAUCUAAACCAAAAGGCGUGUAAAGCUGUUUGAAGCGAAUGGACACGUCAUCAGUCGGCGCCUGCGCACAUGCUCACAAGUUCCGGCCACUUCCUUUCCUUCCAGGAGCGUGUUGAAGAUGGCGGAGCAAAAGUCGAAGCCGAGUGAUCUUUACAAAUGCGUAUAUUCGUUUCUGCGGGAGAACAAGUUCACAAAGGCGGCCGAGCAGUUUCUGAAACAGACUAAAGUGGCUCCACAAGAUCAGAAUGAAGAGAGCCUCGUCAACAUCUACAACUUCUGGGUGAAGUCACCUGAAGCCAAGAAACGAAAGGUGCCUUCUAACAAGGGUGAAGCUGCAAGCGGUCCGUCAGCCAAGAAAGCAAAAACCAGUGCAGAGAGCUCCAGCAGCGAAGAGUCAAGCAGCGAGGAUGAAGAAGCUGUUGCGAAACCAACCAAGGCAGCCCCUGCAGCAGCCAAGGUGGUGCCUGCGAAAGCAGCAGCAGCAGCAGCCAAGGCGGUGCCUGCGAAAGCAGCAUCCAGCAGCAGUGAAGACUCCAGUGAAUCUGAAGAGGAGAAGGCUCCUGCAAAGACACCUGCAAAGGCUCCUGUGAAGUCGCCUGCUGCAGUAAGGAAGAAAGACAGCAGCUCUAGCAGUGAAGAAUCUGAUUCUGAGGCUGAGAAGCCCGCCAAAGCCGCUACACCGAAACCCAAGGCUGCUGCAGUCACAGCACCCAAACCAGCUGCUCCUGCUAAAGUUGCAGCUCAGAAAAAGCCGGAGAGCAGCAGUGAAGAUAGUUCCUCCGAUUCUGAAGAUGAAGAACCAGCCAAGGCUCCAGCCAAAACUGCCCCAGUGAAGGCUGCUGCUGCUGCUGCUGCUGCUGCUGCUGCUGCUAAAUCGAGCAGUGAAGACUCUUCAUCUGAAGACGAGGCUCCACCCAGCAAAAAACCCAAAGCAGGAGCGUACAGUGCAGUCCCACCUCCUGCUUCAGUCCAGAAAGCUCCAGCUGCACCAGCAGCAAGCAAGGCCAAGGACAGCGACUCCUCAGACAGCAGUGACGAGGAAGAAGAGAAGAAAGUAGCGGCAAAACCUGCACCGGCAAAGACCACGGCUGCCAAACCUGUGGUGGCCAAACCCGCUGCAAAGAAGCAGGAGUCCAGCUCUGACAGCUCAGAUUCAAGCUCGGAUGAAGAGGUGGCAAAGAAGCCUCCGGCCAAAGUCACCCCAGCUAAAGCGGUCCCAGUCAAACCCGCUGCAGCCAAAGCUGCCCCUGCCGGAGAGGAAAGCUCAGACUCAUCAAGUUCAGAGGACGAAGAGGAGGUGAAGAAGCCUGCAGUGAAGGUGACUCCUGCUAAAGCUGCUCCAGCUAAACCUGUUGCCGCUAAAGUCACACCUGCUAAAGCAGAUUCCUCAGAGGACGAUUCCAGUUCAGAGGAGGAGGAGACGGCAAAGAAGCCUGCUGCUAAACCUGCACCGGCCAAGACUGUCCCAGCUAAAAAAGCUGUUCCCAAACCCUCUACAAAGGCAGCCGAGAGCAGUUCUGAUUCAGAGGACUCCUCUGAGGAUGAACCAGUGAAAGCCAAGCCAGCAGCUAAGCCAGCAUCUAAACCAUCUACGCCGGCAGCAAAGCCUGCUACUCCUACAGCAAAGCCUGCUGCAGCAGCAGAGAGCAGCUCAGACUCUGACUCGUCUUCUGAAGACGAAGAACCAGCAGUCAAGGCUAAACCUGCUGCAGCUAAACCAGCUACGCCUGCAUCAAAGCCUGCUACUCCAGCAGCAAAGUCUACUGCCGCCGCAGAAAGCAGCUCAGACUCUGACUCCUCUGAGGAUGAGGAAGAACCAGCAGUCAAGGCUAAACCUGCUGCAGCUAAGCCUGCAUCAAAGCCUGCUACUCCUUCAAAGCCUGCUGCAGCAGCAGAGAGCAGCUCAGACUCUGACUCCUCUUCUGAAGAUGAAGCAGCAGUCAAGGCUAAACCCGCAGCAGCAGCUAAACCAGCUACGCCUGCAUCAAAGCCUGCUACUCCGGCGGCAAAGCCUGCUGCAGCAGUAGAAAGCAGCUCAGACUCGUCUUCUGAAGAUGAAGAACCAGCAGUCAAGGCUAAACCUGCUGCAGCUAAACCAGCUACGCCUGCAGCAAAGCCUGCUGCUGCUGCAGCAGAGAGCAGCUCAGACUCUGACUCCUCUGAGGAUGAGGAAGAACCAGCAGUCAAGGCUAAACCUGCAUCAAAGCCUGCUACUCCAAAGCCUGCUACUCCAAAGCCUGCUACUCCUGCGGCAAAGCCUGCCGCUGCAGCAGAGAGCAGCUCAGACUCUGACUCCUCUUCUGAAGAUGAAGCGGCAGUCAAGGCUAAACCUGCUACGCCUGCAGCUAAACCAGCUACGCCUGCAUCAAAGCCUGCUACUCCAAAGCCUGCUACUCCGGCAGCAAAGGCUGCUGCUGCAGCAGAGAGCAGCUCAGACUCUGACUCCUCUUCCGAAGAUGAAGCAGCAGUCAAGGCUAAACCAGCAGCUACGCCUGCAUCAAAGCCUGCUACUCCAAAGCCUGCUACUCCAGCGGCAAAGCCUGCCGCCGCAGCAGAGAGCAGCUCAGACUCUGACUCCUCUGAGGAUGAGGAAGAACCAGCAGUCAAGGCUAAACCUGCAGCAGCUAAACCAGCUACUCCUGCAGCAAAGCCGGCUACUCCUGUGGCAAAGCCUGCUGCUGCAGCAGAGAGCAGCUCAGACUCUGACUCGUCUUCUGAAGACGAAGAACCAGCAGUCAAGGCUAAACCUGCUGCAUCAAAGCCUGCUACUCCUGCAGCAAAGCCUGCUGGCACGGCCAAAGCCACAAAGGCUGCUGCGACUCCAACAAAGAAGGCUGAGGAGAGCAGCUCGGACUCCUCUGAUUCAGAGACGGAGACCAAGUCCACCCCUGCUAAGCCUGCAGUCACCAAUGGAAAGGCAGCAACACCCAAGGCGGCAACACCAAAGACCGCAGAAAAGCCAGCGGAGUCGUCAUCUAGUGACAGCAGCUCUGACGAGGAAGAAGAGGCCAGUAAAAGUACAGUAAAACCCGCUACACCUGCCGCAACGCCCAAGACAACCCCGGCUCCUAAACCUCAGGAGAGCAGCGGCUCCUCUGAGAGUUCAUCAGAUGAGGAGGCCCCAAAGAAAGCAGCCACAGCACCCACCACCCCCACAACAAACUGUACCAAUGGAAAGAGAAAAAGAGAUGGAGAAUCAUCAGAAAGUGAAGAGGAAGAGUCAGAAGUCAAGACACCGAAAAACAAGAAAACGACAACCACACCACAGACAUUUCCUAAAGCCAAUAAGAAGGCCUCCAACGUACCGUUCCGUAGAAUAAGAGAAGAAGAAGUAGCAGUGGAUCCCCGUCUGCAAGACAACUCUUUUGAUGCAAAGUUUGGAGCCAACGGGGACUGGGGCCAGAAAGCCAACGAUGUGCUCAGGUUCACAAAAGGCAAGUCAUUCCGCCACGAAAAGACGAAGAAGAAGAGGGGAAGCUACCGCGGCGGCGCCAUCUCCACCACGAUCAACUCUAUUAAGUUCGACAGUGACUAAGGACCCCGUCCCUCCUGUCCCUCCCAUCUGAACUUUACUGUACCCGUGUGAUCAGGACUAUCCGUUGUCUGCUUCCUCCCCACUGUUAACGGUCCUCUGUCAUCACCAUGCAGCAGCAGACUGACAGGAAUGUGACCCGUAGAGUUGAGCUGGUACUUACAUUUAGUUAGCUGCCCUUAGUUCAUCAUGCAGGGCUUUGGUUUUGUCUCUGAUCUUUCAGCAACAGUUAGUGGAGCUUUGGCAGCGGGAGAGAAAUGUCCCCAACUGUGACUUUUCAAACUACUGCUAAAGGUUGACAUCAAUGUGACAUGACCCCUUAUAGCCACUAGGUGGCUGCAGGCCACCUGUUAAUAGAAAAAAAACACCAAUGUGUGUUGGGCCCCUUUUUUUUUUUUUUUUUUUUGCCUCUAUUGACUUUGUUAACCUGUACUUGAUUUUCAAAUGACUAUCUUCUUUCUUUGUAACACUUUCUUUCCCUUCAUUUAUCAAUGUAUGAAUGAAAGCCAUGUAUUGCAUCAGGUCCUUCAGAAUGUCUUAAAAAAAAAAAAAGCUGGUAUUGAUUUUUAAUGGGUAACAUGGAUUCUUCAAGUUUGUUGGGUUUGUUGAUUUUUAUUUGGCUACAUUUGAGUGGAGGGGGCGCUGUGUUCUGUUUUUCUUUUUCCCUUUAAAUUACACAAACAUUUGGAGUAGAACUGAGUUUUAUACCGUGUAUUUAUUAUGUUUUAUUCAAUUUCAAUGUUGAGGAUCCUAGGUGGUCUUUUUCCGUGCUAUUCUCAAGCCAUUUUGUUUUGAAACUAUUAUUUCUUCUGAUAUUAGGAUACCCCUGUCAAACCCUCCCUAUUCUGUUCAUCAGUGGUAUGAAAUUUAUUAUUCACCAACAUAACUGAGAAGCCAUGCAUGUUUCAAUUUGACUUUCCUGUAUGAGCCUUUGUGAACCUUUUUGUUAUGUUUUAUUAAUUCUUGUAGCUGUAAUUAAAAACUAAAA